AUGCCUCCAUCGCCCUUAGACGAUAGGGUUAUUGUGGCAUUAACCAGACCCGUGAGACCGCAAGAACUUAACCUCUGCAUUGACUCCUCCUUCCUUGAUUGCGCCACGGUGAGUGGCAGCUGCAAGUCCCUACUUAGCGCAAGUGUUGUCUCCUUAAACGCGGCCAAUCUGACGUAUAUGCCCUCUUCCAACGGGUCUGCACGCUCUUUGGGUUGCGGAUGUAGCAGUGCCAGUUGUUGCAGUGUGGCAUCGUAUGACAAGGACACUCAGAGCCAGGCCGUCAGCAGCACCACUCUUACCAGCAGUGUUGCCGGACCCUCCACUGCUUCCUCGUCCAACCAAAUGGUCAACAAUAAUGAGAACAGUGCCAGUCUAAGCCCAUCUGGUGGAGUUAGCAGUCCAGUGUCUAGCACUACCAAACAGUUUGCCAACAUUAAGAUCAUCUAUCCUAAUGACUUGGCCAAGAAGAUAGUAAAAUGCAGCAAAACCCACCUGCCCAACCAGGGCCCUGUCAUCAUUGACUGCCGACCUUUCAUGGAGUACAAUAAAAGCCAUAUUCAGGGAGCUGUUCACAUUAAUUGCUCCGACAAGAUCAGCAGGAGGAGGCUACAACAAGGCAAAAUCACGGUGUUGGAUUUAAUAUCAUGCAGGGAAGGCAAGGACUCGUUCAAGAGGAUAUUUUCCAAAGAGAUCAUCGUUUACGAUGACAAUACCAAUGAACCAAGUCGGGUUAUACCCUCCCAGCCACUCCAUACUGUUUUGGAGUCACUGAAAAGGGAAGGAAAAGAACCUCUGGUGCUAAAAGGUAAUAUUUUUUAUGAGUUGUGUUAUGUGUUUAUGAGUUGCUUUAUAUUAAAAUCAGCCAUUUCUAAAGGAAACUUUUCCUGA